ACGCCAUUAAACGACACCGUCGGCAUACAAUUUCCUGAAAAUUUUAGAUUAGUUACUGUUGAGCAACGAAGCUAAGAGCGAGCGAGCUAGCUCAAGGCCUCAGCUCCAGCCGAUUUUAGCUCAGGAAGAAGAAGAAGGAGGAGGUAAUGGUGGCUUUUGGCGGGAAGAGGGUGGGCCAGGCGGUGGCUGGGCUAGGCGGGAACGGUGUGGGCCAGGUUCUGAUGGCCGUGGCCGCGGCCCUCCUGGUCCGCCUCUUCUCCGGCCCCGGCCCAGCUCUCUUUCCGGAAGUCGAGCCCGAUGACCACGACGACACGGAAGAUUUCUCCGGAGAUGAAGACGCCGGUGAAUCCCCGUUCGCCGGGAAAGUUUUCCCGGUGACAAUUCGUUGGCGCAACAUCACCUGCUCCCUCUCCGACAAAUCCUCCAAAUCAGUGCGAUUUCUGCUUAAUAACGUGAGUGGAGAGGCGAAACCGGGAAGACUGCUAGCGAUAAUGGGGCCGUCAGGGUCAGGAAAAACGACUUUGCUCAACGUUCUGGGGGGUCAGCUGACGGCGUCGCCUCGGGUGCAUUUGUCAGGCCUUCUGGAGAUCAAUGGAAAGUCUAGUUCAAACAAAGCUUAUAAGUUUGCUUAUGUAAGGCAGGAGGAUCUUUUUUUCUCGCAGCUAACCGUGCGGGAAACGCUGUCCCUUGCUGCCGAGCUUCAGCUUCCUGAGAUACCUUCCGUGGAAGAGAGAGAUGAAUAUGUGAACAAUCUUCUAUUCAAACUAGGCUUGGUUAGUUGUGCUGAUUCCCGCGUUGGUGAUGCAAAAAUCCGUGGAAUCAGUGGGGGUGAAAAGAAACGCUUAUCUCUGGCUUGUGAACUGAUUGCAAGCCCAUCAGUCAUAUUUGCUGAUGAGCCAACAACUGGACUGGAUGCCUUCCAGGCCGAGAAAGUAAUGGAAACGCUCCGACAACUCGCACAGGAUGGACAUACUGUAAUCUGUUCCAUACAUCAGCCUAGGGGGUCUGUGUAUGUUAAAUUCGACGACAUUGUGUUGCUAACAGAGGGUGCACUUGUCUAUGCUGGUCCUGCACGCGAAGAACCACUGGCGUACUUCUCCAAAUUUGGGUACCAUUGCCCAGAUCACGUUAAUCCCGCUGAAUUCCUUGCUGAUCUCAUAUCCAUUGACUACAGUUCUGCUGAAAUUGUCUCUUCUUCUCAAAAAAGGAUAGAUGGUCUUGUUGAGUCAUUCUCACAACAAUCAUCAACAAUUCUUUAUGCAACUCCAAUUACCAAAAGGGAGAUCUCCAAAAACAGCAAGAAAACUAUAAUCAAGAAGAAGGGUGGUUGGUGGAGGCAAUUCUGGUUGCUUCUUAAACGUGCAUGGAUGCAGGCUUCUCGUGAUGGACCAACAAAUAAAGUUCGGGCAAGGAUGUCGAUUGCAUCGGCUAUAAUAUUUGGGUCAGUUUUCUGGAGAAUGGGAAGAUCUCAGACAUCGAUACAAGACAGAAUGGGAUUGCUUCAGGUUACUGCAAUAAACACUGCAAUGGCUGCUCUUACAAAGACUGUGGGUGUGUUUCCAAAGGAACGUGCAAUUGUAGGCAGAGAGCGUGCAAAGGGGUCUUAUAAGUUAGGACCCUAUCUGCUUUCUAAAUUGUUGGCCGAGAUUCCUGUUGGGGCAGCAUUUCCAUUAAUGUUUGGUGCUGUUUUGUAUCCCAUGGCUCAUCUUCAUCCAACACUGUCCAGGUUUGGAAAAUUCUGUGGAAUCGUGACUGUGGAAUCCUUUACCGCAUCUGCCAUGGGGCUUACCGUUGGGGCAAUGGUUCCCACCACUGAAGCAGCAAUGGCUGUGGGGCCUUCUCUUAUGACAGUUUUUCUUGUAUUUGGAGGCUAUUACGUCAAUGCUGACAACACACCAAUCAUCUUCCGUUGGAUCCCUCGUGUUUCUCUUAUAAGAUGGGCCUUUCAAGGGCUUUGCAUCAAUGAAUUUAGUGGUCUUCAAUUCGAUCAUCAGAAUUCUUUCGAUAUUCAAACUGGGGAACAGGCACUUGAGCGGCUCUCCUUUGGAGGUAGUCACAUUAGGGAGACAAUAAUUGCUCAGAGUAGGAUACUGUUGUUUUGGUAUUAUACCACUUACCUUCUCCUUGUGAAAAACAAGCCCAAAUACCAGCGGCUUGAACCACCACCUCCUAAGCAAAUCCAACCAGAGCAGCAGCUUGAGCCUUUUAAUUCUGACCUAUUUGAAAAAGACAGCCCACUUGAACCUCCUCUGCUCAACCAAGUUGAGUCAAACCUGCAGCUUGAAUCACCUCCAAUUGACCAAGUCCGACCAUUUAUCCUAGAAGGUGCUAAAUAAGGAAGAUGUCUUUGCAAUAAAGGAGAGCAUCUUGCAUUUUUCUGAGCUAAUGAGUUGUUUUAUAGGACUUUUGUCAACAUUCAUGUCAUGAUUAUGUAUAUGCAUAACUCAUUAGCUUAGAAAUUUCUUACUGCUUGUAGCGAUACGGUUGAGAGAAUUUUCAUUUUUGGACAUUGUAACUGGAUCUGUUGGUUGGAGCCUCUUUUGCUGAGAGCUAUUGAUGCAGGAUGAAAAAUACAAGUUUUAUUUAGAGUAUUAGUUUUAUUCGUAAUUCAAUAAUGGGCUUGGCCCAAAGUCAGUAGGAUUAGGGUUAAGCUUUUUGUUAGUCUAUUUAAAUGUUCUUUUGUAACAGUUUUUUAAUUCAAGAAAGAAGGAUAAUUUUCGAGUGAGAUACUUUUGUAAGAGAUGAGAUUUCUCUGUUUGAGGUGUGACU